GUAGUAUAGUGAUCCCGCGUCUUAACUCCGCCCCAUCCAUUAACCUUGGGGCCAUCAGCCGGGAAACACCGCAUUUAUACUGCUAAAUGUUACUUAUUUUGAGUUUUGUAGACUAAUGGUAUUUUCGGCUGAAGAAAGGAAGUCGACUAACAUCGCAGUCCGCGCCGCAGCCAUGGCCGACGGCUCUAAAGGGAAAUCAACGAAGGAGCAGAAAUAUGACAGGCAGCUCAGAUUGUGGGGGGAUCACGGGCAAGAUGCCCUGGAGAAUGCACAUGUGUGUGUGAUCAAUGCCACUGCCACGGGAACAGAAUUACUCAAGAAUUUGGUGCUGCCAGGUAUUGGUGCAUUUACCAUUGUAGAUGGUCAUAAAGCUUCGGGAGAGGAUGUGGGAAACAACUUUUUUCUAAGUAUUGAUAGCAUUGGGAAGAGUCGUGCUCAGGCUGCCACAGAGCUGCUUCAGGAGCUGAACAGCGACGUCUCUGGCAACUUCGUAGAGGAGACUCCAGACAAGCUCCUGGACAAUGACCCUGAGUUCUUCCACAGAUUCAGCUUGGUCAUUGGAGUCCAACUGGAGGAGAGCACAUGCCUGAGACUGGGUGCGGUGCUGUGGAACGCUGGAGUUCCCUUUCUGGCAUGCAGGACAUACGGACUCGUGGGGUACAUGAGGCUGGCAGUAAGAGAACACACAGUGAUAGAAUCGCAUCCAGAUAAUGCGCUGGAAGACCUGAGGCUUGACCAACCAUUUACAGAGCUGAAGAAUCAUGUCCAGUCUUACAAUCUAGACAAUAUGGAGAAAAAGCACCAUAGUCAUACACCAUGGAUCAUUAUUGUUGCCAAGUACCUAGAAAAGUGGUACAAUGAGCACAAUUUUCAGUUACCGAAGAAUUACAAAGAGAAGGAGUCAUUCCGAGAGCUCAUCCGGAAUGGCAUUUUGCAGAAUGAGAAUGGAGUUCCUGAGGAUGAGGAGAACUUUGAAGAGGCGAUAAAGAAUGUCAACACUGCCCUUAACCCAACAAAGAUUUCACGUCUGGUACAGGAGAUCUUUGAUGGAGAAGAAUGCAAGAACAUUACAUCUCAGACGCCAGCCUUCUGGAUAAUGGCAAGGGCGGUGAAGGAGUUUGUGGAGAGUGAGGGCGGGGGGAACCUGCCCGUCCGCGGCACUAUUCCUGACAUGAUCGCUGACUCUGAGAAGUUCAUCAACCUCCAGAACGUUUACAGAGAAAAAGCAAUGCAAGACGCUUUGCUGGUGGCCAAACAUGUGGAGUCUCUCCUACAGUCUGUUGGAAAGCCUCCAGAGAGCAUCACUGAGCAAGACAUUAAACUCUUCUGUAAAAAUGCUGCUUUUCUGAGAGUGGUGCACUGCAGGUCCCUGGCAGACGAGUACAGCGUAGAGUCUUUGAACAAGGACGAGAUCACCUCCUGUAUGGACAGUCCCGACUGCGAGAUGGUUCUCUACCUCAUGCUGCGCUCCAUUGAUCGCUUUCAUCAGCAACACUCCCGUUACCCAGGUGUCUACAAUUAUCAGGUUGAAGAAGACAUUGGCAAAUUGAAGCUGUGUGUCAACAGCCUUCUUCAAGAAUAUGGCUUGAAUGUAAACGUCAAGGAUGAUUACAUUCAUGAAUUCUGUCGCUAUGGUGCCAGUGAACCACACACAGUAGCAUCCUUUCUGGGAGGGUGUGCUGCUCAAGAGGCCAUCAAAAUCAUCACCCACCAGUUUGUACCGUUCAACAAUACGUUUAUCUACAAUGCGAUGUCCCAGACAUCAGCCACUUUCCAGCUCUGAAAUAAAAUGGUUCUUCUUCUUUUGUGUUACUUUAUGCUAUACUGUAGACUAUUAAAUUAAAACUAAACCCCGAA